UUGCUUCAAAGGGUUUAUACAUAUAAUAAUAAUAUAUUUUAUAUACUCCUCCUCCGGCAAGACCUGUCUGCAAACUGCAAAUCCUGCAAUUUUUCUGAUUCCCAUCAACAAAAUCCCAAAAAAAUCAUAACCCUUUUCACCAAUCACACAACAAUCUUCACCAAUACCACCAAUUGCAUUAGAUUUACACAUAACAUGUGUUAAACAAACCUGUUUGGUGACUUCAUUUGCACGCUUUUAUGCUUUCUUGGAGUUCAAAUCUGCUGUGUGAAGCUCCAGGGUCACUCUGGUGUUCCCCCUUUUGAUCAGUUCUUGCUGCACCAAAAGGGUACCCCCCUCAUUGGAAGCAAACGCAGACUUAAUGACUCAAGAAAUCACUAUCGGCGAUUUGGCGUCAAGAAAGCAAGGUUUGUUGAAAGAUCAAGUGCGUUUAGUUAAGAGAAAGGAUUGUGACCGUUAUGAGAUUGCGAGAAUUCAAGAUAAUCUAUCGUUUGAGAAGGGUUUCUUUGUCGUAAUCCGUGCGUGUCAGUUAUUAACUCAAAAAAAUGAAGGGAUCGUUUUGGUUGGAUUAGCCGGUCCUUCUGGUGCCGGGAAGACCUCGUUUUCCGAGAAAAUACUCAACUUUAUGCCAAAUGUUGCGGUCAUUUCGAUGGAUAAUUAUAAUGAUGGUAGCCGAGUGAUCGAUGAUAACUUUGAUGACCCUCGGUUGACCGACUAUGACACGCUACUAAAAAACAUAAAUGAUUUGAAAGAGGGGAAAUCGGUUGAAGUUCCGAUAUAUGAUUUCAAGUCUAGUUAUCGUACCGGUUACAGGACACUUGAAGUACCGGGCUCCCGUAUUGUGAUAAUCGAGGGAAUCUAUGCGUUAAGUGAGAAGUUGCGUCCGCUAUUGGAUCUUCGAGUAUCUGUUACGGGUGGUGUUCAUUUUGAUCUGGUAAAACGGGUUUUGAGGGACAUACAACGUGUUGGACAGGAGCCUGAAGAAAUUAUCUACCAGAUAUCUGAAACGGUUUAUCCAAUGUACAAAGCGUUUAUAGAGCCUGACCUCAAGACAGCGCAUAUAAGAAUCGUAAACAAGUUUAACCCCUUCACGGGAUUCCAGAGUCCGACUUAUAUUCUAAAGUCAUCAAGAAACCUAACUGUGGAUCAAGUGAGGUCCGUCAUGUCAGAUGAACAUACACAAACUUUGGAGGAGACUUACGAUAUAUAUCUUCUGCCACCUGGCGAAGAUCCGGAAACGUGCCAAUCGUAUUUGAGGAUGCGCAAUAGAGAAGGAAGAUACAGUCUCAUGUUUGAGGAAUGGGUAACCGAUUCCCCAUUUGUAAUAUCUCCGAGGAUAACUUUUGAAGUUAGCGUGCGGCUUCUCGGUGGUCUAAUGGCCUUGGGUUACACUAUAGCAUCAAUCUUGAAAAGAAGUAGCCAUGUAUUUUCUGAUGACCGCGUGUGCGUGAAAAUAGACUGGCUAGAACAAAUUAGUCGACAUUAUGUUCAGGUGCAAGGAAGAGACCGCGUAAGCGUAAGAUGCGUUGCUGAGCAGUUGGGUUUGGAAGGUUCGUAUGUCCCGCGCACGUAUGUUGAGUUAAUGCAACUUGAAAAGCUAGUAAACGAGGUCACGGUACUCCCGGAUGAAUUAAAAACAAAGCUAAGCAUAGACGAUGAAAUGCUGUCGAGUCCUAAAGAAACGUUUUCUCUCGCUGCAACACGAAACAACUUCUUGAAGAGUCGAAUGUCGCAUUCGUAUUCAACCGCAAGGGAUAGUAAUCUGGCCUCCAAUCCUAGAUACGCAAUCAACAGUCCGAGGUUUGAUGACAAGACGACAGAGUCAACAGACGCGAUCCAGGGAGCAAUCAGCCACCUCUCCGAACAGAUUUUUACGUUAAAUGAUCGAAUGGAUGAAUUCACGUCUCGUAUUGAUGCUCAAAGUUCACAAUUUCAAAGAACAUUUUCGGGGAACCAACAAAACGUGUCAUCCAAUGAUUUAACUUCACAAUUCACCUCAAAUUUGACUAAUGGUUCAUCAAACGGGUCGAAAGUGCACCAUUCAACUUCAUCCACUCAGUUAGCAAAGGAUUCUCCCCUCAUUGAAGAGAUAAGUGGAAUUGCCCAAAGCCAAAGGAAAAUCAUGCAUCAGUUAGACAGCAUUAGCAAGCAUCUUUAUGAUGAAAUCGGAGAAAGAACACGUCAAGAACGAAGAAUGAAGAAAAACAAUGGACCCAAAGUUGACCCGGUUGCGGUUUCCAUAAUAUUAGCAGUGGCCAUUGGUGGUCUUGGAGUCUUCUUGUUUAAGGGGGUUGCACCCAGAAAUUGAAUUUUGUUUUCUUAUUUUAUCUAACACCAAAACAAAUUUUCUUUCUAGUUUCCGGCAGUUAACACCUUUCAAUCGAGAAGAUAAACAGUUUAUGUGGUUCGUUUGAGUUUUAUUAAAGAAGGGUGUGGUUGUUUUAUGCUCA